AUGUUCCAUUCUCACCGUCUCAAAGCUGUUGUCUACCUCAACCAUCUUUCUUCAACUCCAAAAUCUCACCACCUUCUUCACUCUCUCAAUCCCUUCUCCACCACUUCAGAUUCCUUCACCCUAUCCUACUUCACCAACAACUGUGGCCUAUCUCCACAAGACGCUCUCAAAGCCUCAAAACGACUCCGUCUCACUUUCACCACACCCGAAAAACCCAACUCCGUUAUCGCCUUCUUCAAAACCCAUGGUUUCUCCAUUCCCCAAAUCCAAUCCAUCAUUCUCAAGAACCCCCAACUCAUCCUCUCCAACCCCACCAAAACCAUUCUCCCUAAGUUUCAAUUUUUAGCCUCCAAAGGCGCUUCUCCCUCCGACAUAGUCGCCGCCGUCACCAGAAGCUCUCGUUUCCUCCGUGUAAGCCUCGAGAAACAUAUUAUCCCUGCUUUUCAGUUGGUGGCAUUGGCAACAGCAGCAAAAGCAAAAUUACUUCUUCGUGAGCUAAAAACCGUUAAAGCGGAUUUAGCAUUUGCUAAAGCGCGCUGUGCUCAACUUGAAGAAGAAAAUAAAUUACUCAGGGAACGAGAAGGAAGCGAUAAGGGACUUAUCCGUGAUGAUGAUGAUCUGAUCUUGGUAAUCUCAUCUAUUGGGUUGAUAUUUUUCAUAGCAUUGCGUUAUCAUCUCAAAAAGAUUCGAGAUCAAAAGAUCAUUCCGCGUUUAAGAUUAUCGCGUGCAGGUCACCCCCCAAAGCUUGAAAGAUUCUCUCAUUACGUAUCUAGGCAAAUGGGGUUCAAGGAUAGGAGAAUCGGUCCUGAUAUAUGUAGAUUGGCUUCUGAAUACAUAAGCAAAUAUGAAGGGUUUGAAGAUGAUAUAUAUGCCUAUUUUGAGAAUGAACCAGAUGCUGAUUCACUUUAUGUCAAGUUGGUGGAAGAGUUUGAGAGAUGCAUUCUUAGUUACUUUGGAUUUCAUUGGAACCAUUGUGACAUAUUGAUAAGUCAGGUUUUGAGCUCGGACAUUUCUGAGCCAAAAAAGAAGCUAAAGAACAUAGUUAUGGCUGCUACUAGGGAUCAAAGGUUCGAGAGAGUUGCCAAGAGUCUGAAGGUGGCUAGUGUUUUUAAUACAUUAGUGGAAGAGAUGAAAGCGAUGGGUAUUGCAGAGGUGAAAUAUUCCGCUGCUUCUUUGGCUGCUCAAAGUCUAUUGCUAAGGUGA